AUGAGGGGCUCGGGGGGAACCGGGAAGGACCGGGAGCAGAACCGGGAUCCGGAGCGGAACCGGGAGCAGAACCGGGAUCAGAACCAGGAUCCGGAGCGGAACCGGAGCGCUGUCCCGGUCCCGUCGCUGUUCAGAGCCUCCGCCGCGCCCCCGCCGGGCCCGGUGCCGGUGCCGGUGCUGAACCCGCCCGGUCCCGGUUCUUACGCUGAGUUCGUGAUGAGGGGCUCGGGGGGAACCGGGAAGGACCGGGAGCAGAACCGGGAUCCGGAGCGGAACCGGGAGCAGAACCGGGAUCAGAACCAGGAUCCGGAGCGGAACCGGGAGCAGAACCGGGACCGGGAUCCCGGACCCACCGGAACCGCCCCCUCGGGACCCCUCCCGGGACCUCCGGGACCCCUCGCGACCCCCGGGGACCAGGACCGGGACCAGAACCGGGAGCAGAACCGGGACCGGGAUCCCGGACCCACCGGAACCGCCCCCUCGGGACCCCUCCCGGGACCUCCGGGACACCUCGCGACCCCCGGGGACCGGGACCGGGACCAGAACCGGGACCAGAACCGGGAGCAGAACCGGGACCGGGAGGAGCCGCGGGCGCCGCCGGCGCUGGGACCGGGCGCCAAGAGCAGCGGCAUCAUCGUCAGCCCGCGCCAGCGCGGCAACCCCGUGCUGCGCUUCAUCCGCAGCGUCCCCUGGCACUUCGGGGACAUCGGGCCCGACUUCGUGCUGGGCGCCGGCGCCUGCGCGCUCUUCCUCAGCCUCAGGUACCACCGGCUGCACCCCGAGUACAUCCACGAGCGGCUGCGGGCGCUGGGCCGGGGCUGCGGCCUCAGGGUGCUGCUGCUGCAGGUGGACGUGCGUGACCCCCACCAGUCCCUCAAGGACCUGGCCAAGGUUUGUCUCCUCACCGACUGCACGCUGCUGCUGGCCUGGAG